AAACGCUCAACCUCUCUCUCUCUCUCUCUGUAAUCGCGCCAUCGCACGGACAGAGUGCCUCAGAAUCAGAUCGCGACCUCUGGUUUUUCAUUUUCCAGGCAUAAUAUCUAUAUACGAGUAGUAUAGACAGGUUCCCAUGGCUGCUUCGGAAGAGAAUAGCGCUUUGUUCCCAAUUUUCAUUUUAACUAUAAUGGCACUGCCUCUAGUGCCUUAUACAAUAACAAAGUUAUGUCGUGCUGCAUCAAAGAAAACAAAGAGCAUCCACUGCCAGUGCUCUGAGUGCUUUCGGUCAGGAAAGUACCGGAGGUCAAUAUUUAAGAGGAUUUCAAACUUCUCAACAUGGAGCAACUUGACAUUAGUACUGCUUUGGGUCAUCAUGAUAGUCCUGGUUUAUUACAUCAAAAAUAUGAGUCGUGAGAACCAAGUUUUCGAGCCAUUCAGUAUUCUUGGACUGGAACCCGGUGCUUCAGAUUCAGAAAUCAAGAAGGCAUAUAGGAGACUCUCUAUACAAUACCAUCCAGAUAAAAAUCCAGACCCAGAGGCCCACAAUUAUUUUGUGGAGUUCAUAUCAAAGGCUUAUCAGGCUCUGACAGAUCCAGUGUCUCGUGAGAAUUUUGAAAAAUAUGGCCAUCCAGAUGGCAGGCAGGGGUUUCAAAUGGGCAUAGCUCUUCCUCAAUUCCUGCUACACAUCGAUGGGGCAUCUGGUGGAAUACUCUUACUCUGGAUUGUUGGUGUUUGUAUUUUAUUGCCUUUGGUGAUAGCUGUUGUGUAUCUUUCAAGGUCGGCAAAAUAUACCGGCAACUAUGUUAUGCAUCAAACAUUGUCCACUUACUAUUACUUUAUGAAGCCUUCUUUGGCUCCCAGCAAAGUAAUGGAUGUCUUCAUAAAGGCUGCUGAAUAUACGGAAAUUCCGGUUCGUAGAACUGACAACGAACCCCUUCAGAAGCUUUUUAUGCUAGUCAGGAGUGAGUUGAAUCUGGACCUUAAGAACAUCAAGCAAGAGCAGGCAAAGUUUUGGAAGCAGCAUCCAGCCCUUGUAAAGACAGAAUUGUUGAUUCAAGCACAGUUAACUCGUGAGUCAGCAUCCUUAUCUCCAUCUUUGCAAGGUGAUUUUAGACGUGUUCUGGAACUUGCCCCUCGCCUCCUUGAAGAGUUGAUGAAGAUGGCAGUUAUGCCACGAAAUGCUCAGGGGCAGGGAUGGCUGAGGCCUGCUAUUGGGGUGGUUGAACUCUCUCAGUGUAUCAUCCAGGCUGUUCCUCUUAGUGCAAGGAAGGCUACUGGAGGAUCCAGUGAAGGCAUUGCCCCUUUUCUGCAGCUGCCACAUUUUAGUGAGGCUGUUAUAAAAAAGAUAGCCCGCAAGAAGCUGAGAGUAUUGCAGGAGCUUCAGGACAUGUCCUUGCAAGAUCGUGCUGAGCUACUUUCUCAAACAGCUGGAUUCUCGUCCAAUGAAGUGCAGGAUGUUGAAAUGGUAUUGGAAACAAUGCCUUCGAUAUCAAUUGAAGUCAAAUGUGAGACCGAAGGUGAAGAGGGUAUGCAAGAGGGUGACAUUGUCACUGUUCAUGCUUGGGUGACACUAAAACGUGCCAACGGCCUGAUUGGUGCCCUUCCCCAUGCCCCGUACUUCCCGUUUCACAAGGAAGAAAAUUUCUGGUUUUUGCUUGCAGACAGUGUCUCCAAUAAUGUUUGGUUUUGGCAGAAGGUAAAUUUCAUGGAUGAAACUGCAGCUAUUACUGCUGCCUCCAAGGCAAUUGAGGAAACAAUGGAGGGUUCAGGAGCAAAUAUGAAGGAGACUAGUGCUGCUGUCAAAGAAGCAGUUGAGAAGGUGAAGAGUGGGUCUAGACUGGUAACAGGGAAGUUACCGGCCCCAGUGGAGGGGAAUUACAAUUUGACAUGUUACUGCUUGUGUGACUCUUGGAUUGGUUGUGAUAGAAAGACAAACUUGAAGAUAAAGAUUUUGAAGCGUACCCGGGCUGGUACACGGGGAGGUUUUGUGGCAGAAGAGGGACCAAUUGCAGAGGAUGGGAUUGAAGAGGAGGAAGAGAAUGAAGAUGAGGAAUAUGACGAUGAUUAUGAGAGUGAGUACAGCGAAGAUGAGGCAGAUGAACAACACGAUACAAAAAAGAAAGGCCCUGCAGCAAAUGGCACUGUGGAUAAACAAGUCUUAGGCUCUGAAGGUGAAGGUUCAGAGGAGGACUAGAACAAAUACAAUUUUAUCUAGUUUACUUUGUUGUUCAUUUAUCCGUUAUUCGGUGAAAGAAUUCAAACAGCCACCACAGUGAUGGUUACCAUGUGGCCAUCUUUAAUUUGGAAGAUCCUAGUUUUGAUACUUAAAACGUGAGUUCUAAGCCCAUUUUCAGUUAUUAAAAUUUUAGACUCUUUUUUCU